GAGGGGCGGCAGAACAUCCUUGGCCCCGGGCGCCCGAAGUUGUAGCUACGCCACUGUUGCAAGAGUUUACAAAUAGAUAACCUAUUGCCUAAUAUUCGAUCUGAUCGACAUGUAAAACUGUCGUACCUUUAGCAGUUUCCAGCAUUACCUUUAUAUUGCAACUGUUAAUUUCCCAACAAAUCUUAAAUAAUGCAUGAGUGGCAGACAAUGUCAUUAGCCAAACAAUAUUACCCUACACAAUUCCUCUGUAUAAAAGCCGAUUACAGUUCGCAUAUUAAAAUAGUUUGCUUUAGAAUUAUGGAGAACGCCAAAGGGAUUGUAUAUUCAUUUUAUAACAUACAACUUUUAUUUUUCAAGUUGUUAGGACUCUUCGGAUUGCCCGCACACUACCCAUCAUUUUUGCAUUAUUUGUAUAAACUGUACUUUUGGUAUGUGGCGAUCUUUGGGAUGUUACUUUUCGAUAUCAGCAUGUGGAUUAAAAUAAUCGGCAACAUAUCGAAUCUGAACGAGAUUAUAAAAGUGUUUUAUCUUUGUUCAAUGGCUAUUGCGGUAAUGGCUAAAUUUGUGCGCAUUCGCCUAAAAAACAGUUCAUAUGUAGCAUUAUUCGAACGAAUCCACAACGAAGAUCUGUUGCCGGUCAAUGUAUCUGAACUAGAGAAGUUCACUCAAUCUUCACAUUUGAGCUGUAGAGUACGCAACAGUUACAUGUAUCUUUCGUUAACAUCACUAUCGUUGAUUUUUGCUACCCAGCUUAUAUCGGAGCCUGGCGAACUACCUCUAUCUAUUUACAUACCCAUAAGUGUGGAGAACUUUUGGUGCUAUUUAAUAGCAUAUUUGUUUCAGUUUAUUGGUUUAUCACUAUGUUGUUUGCUUAAUAUAUCUUUCGAUUCUUUAAGUGCAUCAUUCUUCAUAUAUUUGAAAGGUCAGUUAGAUAUUUUAGCAAAUCGGUUAGAAAAUAUCGGCAAGGAUCUGUAUGUAGAUGAUAAUAUAAUAAACCUACAAUUGAGAGAUUGCAUCCAACAUUAUGUAAAGCUACGGAAAAUUGCAGAAAUCAUGGAAGAUCUUCUAAGCAUUCCAAUGACUGUACAAAUGAUCAGUUCGGUACUCGUACUUGUAGCUAAUUUUUACGCAAUGACUUUUCUAACCGACCCCAGUGAUUAUGGUACUUUUAUGAAAUUUCUAGUAUAUCAACUUUGUAUGUUGUCCCAAAUUUUUAUGCUGUGUUAUUUUGCCAAUGAGGUGUCGCUCAGAAGUGCAGAGCUAUCAUACUCUUUAUACUCAUCCGAAUGGACUCGUUGCAGUAAAAUAAAUCGACGAUUGAUGUUAUUGAUGAUGGCCCAGUUGGAUGUACCAAUUCGAAUAAAAACAAUAAAUCGUUGCUAUUCCUUCAAUUUGCCAGCGUUUACGUCGAUAAUCAACUCUUCAUACAGCUACUAUGCCCUGCUGAAGAAAAUGAAGGACUAAAUAGAAUGUAAUAAAUUUGAAUACUAUACAUAUUAUGUAUAAAUAUAAUAAAAAAUAAAAAUUUUAUAAACUAA